GUUGUUGUUGUUAUUGUUGUUGUUGGCGUACAGUUAAUACUACAAUUCAUUUAAAGUAGCAGCAUUUUGAUCUAUUUAAGUCAAGAUAAUUUCACUCGUGCAGAUUAUUUACCAAAGCCGACAAAGAUAGGAGCAACUCCAUAACACUCACUGAACUAGAAGAACUGGUAAACCAGCUUGAAUCAGGAAAGGUUAAAGUGGACAGUAACUUUGCCCUGUCAACACUGUCAAGGAUAUUCGACAAAAAUGGAGAUGAAAGGAUAAAUGAGGAAGAGUUCAUUGAGGGAUGCAAGAAAUUGAUACAGGAAUCCAAGGGCGAUUCCACCUCCAUCAAGAAACAUUUUGAUGAGGCAAAAAAAAAAAUCAUCUUCUUUUGCUCUUUCACUAAUAUAGACACUAGUGGCUCUAUCUGUGACAAAAAGAAUUACUUUUAGUUAGUCAAAAUAAAAGGAUGUUGAUAGAAACAAGGUGGAAUACGAUCAUAAUUUGAGCUAGUACUAUGUAAAAUGAUUAAUUUUUGCAACUCCAUAUAUAUGCAGGUAGUUAAGGCGUACACUGAGGGACAACAAAAAGAAAUAGUUAAGAUUCAGGAGCUCAUGCCAAGAGUUCUCACACAAAUACAGAACCAGGCAAUUGAAUCCGAAGGCCUUUUAAAAGAUGACGGUAGCCCCAACAUAGAAGCUAUUAAAAGGCUCUUCCAAAAGUUAGAUGAUGAUCAAAACAGUUACUUAACACCUUCAGAACUGGAGAAACUAACGGAAAAUGUCAAAAUCAGAGAAGUACAUCUAGAUCACCAAGGCUCUAUCGAGGAAAUCAUCAAGGAUUUUGAUCAAAAUAAAGAUAACAAGAUAGACGAAAAUGAGUUUCUCGAUGGUGUGAAAUAUUGGCUUCGUAAUGCCAAGAGGACUACCGAAGAACUUCAGGAUAAAAUGAUAUGGGGAGAAGUCGACAAGUUCUUGGAUGAGGCUAAAAGAGAAAAACAUAAACGUUUCGACUACUCUUUGGUGUUGAAAGGAGCAUUCUGCAAGUCUGUGCUGCAAGUGAUUUUGGGCACUGCUAUAUUAACAUUGUGUGCUGAUCCACUCAUGGAUAAUAUUAUACGACUCGCAAAUGCAAUUGGCACGCCUUCUUUCUUCCUAUCAUUUGUCAUAGUACCUCUGGCUAUCAAUGCAAGAACUGCAAUAACAGCAAUAACUUUAUUAUCUUCAACAAGCCAGCAGAGUUCCACAACUUCUUCUUUGACAUUUUCCGAGAUAUAUGUCCGAGUAAUCUUGAACAACAUUAUGGGGAUGUCAACAGUGUUAUUUGUGUUGUAUGCAAAGGACUUAACAUGGGAGUAUUCAGUUGAAGUGUUGACAUCUAUGGUGGUUUGUGCUGUAACCGGCCUUUUUGCAUUUGUCCGCACAACCUAUCCACUUUGGACUUGUAUCAUAGCUUUCCUACUUUAUCCUAUCUCACUUGUACUGCUUUAUCUCUUCCAUUAAUUGCAUCUUGUAUUGAAUCCUCUAAUCUCAAAGUUAUUCAGCUCAUGAAAGUGUUGAUAGCAACAUAUGUAUAGUGGUCUGAUACGUCUCAUGACGUGAUUUGAUAGGUUUCGGCAUCGAAUGUAGAAGUUUGAAAUUCUAAAGUUCAUUAAGCUUGGGAUGGAAUAUGAUUCAUGAAUUCGAUGUUAUUUGA